ACUUCCAGUGUCGGCGGCGUUGGCUUCUACCGACAGAAUCCAACAUGGAGUAACCAGAGAUGGGGCUCGUACGGGGCCAUCCUCACCGACAUCAACGCACGAUUUCAAUUACCGCAUUUCAGCAUGGGGCGCGACGGGAUUAAAUCGGUGGAGGUAUUCCAAAGGGAUUUACACUCUCGUGGAUGCACUCGAAUAAUUGUAGUGAAGCCCUGAGAGACGAAGAAGAGAAGCAAGAAAUAACGCAAACAGUAAAAAAAACACUCGGAAAACUAGGCUGCUACUGUUACGGGUGUGUGAUCGAGGUGUUGGACGAGAAGGGCAAGACAAAAUGAAGACACCACACAAUGUACCCUCGGGUGGGAUAUUAUUGUAGGUGAAACGAAAAAAAAUGACCGAGGAAACACACCCAGACGAUGACAGCUACAUUGUGCGUGUCAAAGCGGUGGUCAUGACCCGGGACGACUCGAGUGGCGGUUGGCUGGCCCAGGACGGUGGGUGCCUCAGCCGUGUGGGCGUGUGCAAGGUGCUGUCGGCCGAGCUGCUGGGCCGAAGCAGCUUCCUCAUCCACGGCGAGCGCCUCAAAGACAAACAGGUGAUUCUGGAAUGCUUCCUGAAGAAGGAUCUGGUGUACACCAAGGCCACGCCCACAUUUCACCACUGGAAAGUGGACAACAAGAAGUGUGGCUUGACGUUCCAGAGCCCGGCCGACGCACGUGCCUUCGACCGUGGGGUCAGGAAAGCCAUGGAGGAUCUGACGGAAGGAUCUACCACCUCUUCUUCGACCAUCCAGAACGAGGCCGAGUUGGGUGACGACGAUGUUUUCACUAAUGCCACCGACAGCUCGUCCAACUCCUCCCACUCCCAGAAGAAGGAGCCCCUGCAGCUGCAGACCCUGGCCCCGCCCAGCUUCUGCGAGCCGCGCCGCCACCACUGCAUCCUGGGCCACUUCUACGACCAGCACCGACCCUCGGACCACUACUUCCUGGAUCAGGUGGGUGGCUGGGGGACGACAGUGGCGAAGUCAGUUCCCAUGUUCCCACGCCACGUCAGCUUCCAGGUGGAGGAGGAGGAGAUCGUGCGCAUCAACCCUCGCGAGCGGACCUGGCUGACUGGGUACGAGGACUACCGGCACGCCACCGCCACGCGCGACAAGCUCAUCCAGCACCCCGAGGACGCCUACGUGCACUUCGCCAAGAGCGAGCCGCCUAAGCACGACUACACCUACCCUUACCCCCUGGGCCUUGACCCCCACCAGCAUGCAAGGGACCCCAAGAUAGGCUGCGUGGACCGACUUGGUGGGGGCGGACUUAUCGGGGGACACAGGGCGGUGGUCACAGCCCAGCCCCGCACUCUCCAGCUCAAGGGCAAGCGGCGGAAGGAGGACGGCGAGCGCUCGCGCUGCGUCUACUGCCGGGACAUGUUCAACCACGAGGAGAACAGGCGCGGGCGGUGCCAGGAGGCGCCGGACCCAAUCCAGACGUGCAUCCACCGGGUCAGCUUCAUGUGGUGCGCGGACAGCCUGCUCUACCACUGCAUGUCAGACCCGGAGGGCGACUACUCGGACCCGUGCUCGUGCGACACCAGCGAUGAGCGCUUCUGCCUGCGCUGGCUGGCUCUGGUUGGGCUGUCGCUGCUGGCCCCCUGCAUGUGCUGCUAUGCCCCCCUGCGCGCCUGCUACCGCUGCGGGGUGGCCUGCCACUGCUGCGGGGGCAAGCACAAAGCUGUGGGCUGAGUGCCAGGAGGGAGAGUAGAACAGAGACCCAUGGAAGGGACUGGACCGGAAGAGUGUGGCCCCGCUAUUCUUUUGUUUUGUGUUUUUGUUUUCGCUGUUGUGUCUCUCGGCCAAAUUCCAGAUGGGAAAACAAUUGGCUUGUCCCGAUUCUUUUCGAUUUGGAAAUUUCUCUCGGUGGAAAGAAAGAAAAAAUAAGUUUCCUUUUUAAAUUUUUAUAGGGGUACCCUGCCUACGGCUUCCACGUCCUUGCAUUACAAAGACUAAAACAAUGAAUAUUCAUAUAUAAAUAUUAUAUAAACAGGUACUUUAUAUUUUUACACAUGUUUUAAAGGCUUGAAUAUUUUUACCAGUGUUUUGUGUGAGGUCAGUGUGAGCGUUGUUUUCUGAGGGGGGGCUCUCACUUUGUGUUCCCCUCGCAUGGCUCACCACCAAUCACAGAUCAAGCUGGUUCCCGCCUGUAAAGCAGAGGCACUUAAGUCAAGGGUGUGUCCUUAAUGGUACCAUAUUGCUGAUAAAGUGCACUACUUUUGAUCAUAGCCCAAUGGGCCCUUGUCUAACGUAGUGCAAUAUAUAGGUAAUAGACUGCCAUGUGGGAUGCAGCCCCAACUGUGAUCACGUCUGCCCCUCCCAGCCAAUGAAACAAAAGAAAAGGCAAACGUUUAACCAGUGUUUCCUCAUUCUGCACCUUGACUACUCCUGACCUAGCCUGUUCCCAGAUCAAUUAGACCUACUCCUGACCUAGCCUGUUCCCAGAUCAAUUAGACCUACUCCUGACCUAGCCUGUUCCCAGAUCAAUUAGACCUACUCCUGACCUAGCCUGUUCCCAGAUCAAUUAGACCUACUCCUGACCUAGCCUGUUCCCAGAUCAAUUAGACCUACUCCUGACCUAGCCUGUUCCCAGAUCAAUUAGACCUACUCCUGACCUAGCCUGUUCCCAGAUCAAUUAGACCUACUCCUGACCUAGCCUGUUCCCAGAUCAAUUAGACCUGGGGCCAGGCUACCCCUGACUAUACAGAUUUUUUAAAACCAAAUUAAACCCAAUAUCAAUGAAUGUCAGUGGAGACACGCCUGGAAAAAACCUGAAUGUACCAUUCUACUGCUUGGUCAAAUUAGACUGACUGUAUUGUGGAUUUGACCCAGAACCAAAUCUAAAAUGGGUCAGGGGUACUUGAGUAUUGGAUGGGGAAACUCUGCUUUAGACACUUAAUCUGUAGGGUUGUGUGUGUCUGUGUGACUUCCUAUGUGCAAAAGUCUGGAAAAUGGAAUGGGCAACAAUGUAUCCCUGAUUGCUAUUGUUGUGACUUCAACUAAAAGCCAAAAUGACAAAAUAAGCUGCAGCGUUUAUAUAGAGUAUCUAAAUUGGUCUUUUUUUCUCUUCUUUUUUUAAACAUAAUAAUCCUCAAUCAACCGUUUAUUACAGUGGAGGAGAACUCAAGCCUUGGGUAACUUUUUAUUCAGUUGAUAUUUGAUGAUAAUCUUUUGAUAUAGUUAUUUAUUUGCCUUGCUAAAUUUAGACACCAGCCUAGGGGGUUAUAAGAGGAAGGGAACAGUCCCAUUUGUAAACUAAACACAGCCAAGAGGGGAAGAGGAGAGAUUUUUGUCACCUUUUGAGAUGGAGGAUGACCUUGUCCACACUACAGUGUCAUUGGUGCUCUCUUAUGCGUGUCUUUUUUCCUUUUGUCUUUCAAAAGGAUACUCAACGAGGCUAACUGUCAGGGAAUCGCUAUCUAUAUAGUUUUGCUCAACUUUAGCUCGAGAGAAAGACACACCGCUUUGAUCUGGUUGUUCAUCGUUCCCCACAAGGGUAUAAGAUAGUGGGUUCUCCCAACAAAGGGACGUGCUGGCACACCCUAUUCACCUAAUCGUGUUCUUCAGUCUAUACCACGAUUAGCUGAUACAGGUGCGUUACUGCAGGGCUGGAACGAAAGGCUGCACACCCAGUAGCUCUCCCAAGACCAGAGUUGGAGACAAGUGGAGAAGUGUUGAAUCUAUUCUUCUGUAGUCCAAUAACUCCCUCUCCCUGGUCUUUUACUCAGUAUUACAUUACAGCCAAGGGCAAGGGAGGAGGCUGUCUGUCAGCCAAUCGCAUCAGUCAAGAUGGUGUCAAAAUAUAUACACAAAUAAAAUGGGCGCUACAGCAUGAAUAUACAUCAACAUAUGUACGGUUGAAGUCGGGAUGUUUACAUUCACUUAUGUUGGAGUCAUUAAAACUAGUUUUUCAACCACUCCACUAAUUUCUUGUUAACAACUAUAGUUUUGGCAAGUCGGUUAGGACAUCUACUUUGUGCAUGACAAGUAAUUUCCCAACGAUUGUUUACAGACAGAUUAUAUCACUUAUUCACUGUAUCACAAUUCCAGUGGGUCAGAAGUUGACUGCGCCUUUAAACGGCUUGGACAAUUCCAGAAAAUUAUGUCAUGGCUUUAGAAGCUUCUGAUAGGCUAAUUGACAUUUGAGUCAAUUGGAGGUGUACCUGUGGAUGUAUUUCAAGGCCUACCUUCAAACUCAGUGCCUCUUUGCUUGACAUCAUGGGAAAAUCAAAAGAAAUCAGCCAAGACCUCAGAAAAAAAAUAUUGUAGACCUCCACAAGUCUGGUUCAUCCUUGGGAGCAAUUUCCAAAUGCCUGAAGGUACCAUAUUCAUCUGUACAAACAAUAGUACGCAAAUAUAAACACCAUGGGACCACGCUGCCGCAUACCGCUCAGGAAGGAGACACUUUCUGUCUCCUAGAGAUGAACGUGCGAAAUGUGUGAAUCAAUCCCAAAGCAACAGCAAAGGACCUUCUGAAGAUGCUGGAGGAAACGGGUACAAAAGUAUCUAUAUCCUCAGUAAAACUAGUCCGAUAUCGACAUAACCUGAAAGGCCGCUCAGCAAGGAAGAAGCCACUUCUCCAAAACUGCCAUAAAAAUGCCAGACUACAGUUUGCAACUGCACAUGGGGACAAAGAUCGUGCUUUUUGGAGAAAUGUCCUCUGGUCUGAUGAAACAAAAAUAGUACUGUUUGGACAUAAUGACCAUCGUUAUGUUUGGAGGAAAAGGGGGAGGCUUGCAAGCCAAAACACAUCCCAACCGUGAAGCACGGGGGUGGCAGCAUCAUGUUGUGGGGGUGCUUUGCUGCAGGAGGGACUGGUGCACUUCACAAAAUAGAUGGCAUCAUGCGGGAGGGAAAAUUGUGGAUAUAUCGAAGCAACAUCUGAAGACAUCAGUCAGGAAGUUAAAGCUUGGUCGCAAAUGGGUCUUCCAUAUGGACAAUGACCCCAACAAGCACACUUCCAAAGUUAUGGCAAAAUGGCUUUAGGUUGGGAAAACUCCUUGUGUCAUGCACAAAGUAGAUGUUCUAACCAGCUUGCCAAAACUAUAGUUUGUUAACAAGAAAUGUGUGGAGUGGUUGAAAAACGAGUUUUAAUGACUCCAACCUUAGUGUAUGUUAACUUCCGACUUCAACUGUAUAUAUGUAUUGAAACAACAAAAACUAGCCUCCCAUUUAAAACCACCCUGUAAACUCACCUCGUGGGAGGAACAUUGUUUGAUUUUUUUUCCCCCUGUAAGGAAGCACAACACUAAUCAGAAAAAACCUUAUGAACAAUAUGCGCAAAUUCCUGUGAAGUACCCGGUCUCGAGUCGAAUCAACGUGGCAGAAAAUACAUCUUAUGCGAUCGAUCGCAAUCAUACAUGAACUAAUCGUCAUAACCAUUCGAGUUCCGAGCCAUGUCUGGAGUUAAAUGGGCGACGGCAUCAUGGCGUUGCGGGUUCUGUACAAAAGCUGUCGUUGUGUCCGUCUUUCUCUUUACCCUCUCUAUCUAUCUCUCUCUCUCUCUCUCUCUCUCUCUCUCUCUCUCUGCCUUUCUUCCUUCCAUUUUUCUGCUGUGUGUCCCUGUUUGUCAGCUUUGCAAUAUUGUUGCCAUUCAUUGUAGAGAAGAUCCCAGUUUUAUUUUUCUAUCUGUGGUAAAAGAAAAGUUAACCAAAAGCAGUUUGUCUGUUUUGGUGCAGUGUCUAAUUCCUGCACACAUUGAACUAUUAAAGGAAAGUGCCUGAAGCAUCCUCUUCAUCUAUCUCAUGUAUACUUAGUAUUUUCUCUUUUUAUGUUUAAAGAAACAGUUAAAUCGAUUGUUUUCUGUUUGUUUGUUUUUUUACAAUCUAAGUUUUUACCUCUGUAAAAAAAAAAGCUAAAAUAUAUAUAGAUAUAUAUAUAUAUCUAUCAAGUGUAUGAUGUACAUUUUAAGUUCUAUUUUUGUAUUGUUUCCAAUAUGAUCAUCACGACUCUUUGCUUUUAAAAAGAAAAAAUGAGAAAAGAGAAAUUAACAUCUGUAUAAAUGCCAAUACAUCAUAUGGAAACUAACAGAAGCAUGGCCUGGAUAGUAAGUA